AUGCGACCCUUCGCCUCGGCCGGCUUGCGGCCUCUGCGCUGCCUACAAUAUUUCACAAACACAUUCUCGGCAGCCACGAGGUCCUCCCAACGAUCGUUGUCUUCACAAAUCGCUCACCUCAAACCAUGCCGGACCCCUACUCAUUCAAUCUCACUAUGGUCCAAGAGUCUGCCAAUCACUGCAAUCCGCCAAAAGUCCACAACUUCCGCUCCCUUGACCGAGGAGCCCGGCGACCGAACGGAGACCGACGCCGAUCGUCAGAAGAGAAACGAAGAGCGGCGCCGCAGUGAAGAGGCCUAUCAAAUAGUCUUCACUUGCAAGCCUUGUGGGGAGCGCUCGUCUCAUCGUAUGUCCAAGCAGGGAUACCAUCGUGGCACUGUCUUGAUUCAAUGCCCUUCGUGUUCAAAUCGCCAUGUCAUGAGUGACCACUUGGGCAUCUUCUUCGACAAACGAACAACACUGGAGGACCUGCUUAAUGAGAAGGGGCAGGCACUUACACAUGGGCAUACGGAUGGGAACUUGGAGUUCUGGGAGGACGGUACGGUCAAGAGCUUUGGGCUGGACGGACGUCAGCUCCUGGAAUCCACCGCGGAGAAGAGCUCUUGA